AUUUAGAGAAUGGAAACAGAUGUGGCUGACUUCUCUGAUCUUCAGCAACAAGCAGAGCACCUGACAGCUGAAUUUGACAGUGCCUCUGACCUGCCACGAGUGAACAGAAACAUUGCCCAGAUCCUAGAGGCAGGGUCCCGACUUCUGUCUAAAGUUGCUCCAAUCAGUCAGGAUUCCACUGAUGUCAGAGCGUCUAUAUUGCUUGGCACUAAAGGAUACGAUGUCCCCAAAAUAUCUCAGAAACUAGAAGGAUUAAGUGCCGCCAAAACAUUUGAACCUCUUGAACCUGUAAAAGACACAGACAUUCAAAGUUUUCUCAAGAAUGAAAGAGAGAAUGCUUUAUUGGCAGUCAUAGAGCAAACACGGAAACACACAUUUGAGGAAUCUGAAAGGAGACACUGGGAAUGCAUGGAGAAUGAGUGGGAGAGAGAAAAACAGAAGAUCCUGAAUACUCUACGAGGAUUAAAUCAGGACACAACAGAUUUACAACCAGAGGCAGAGAGUUUUGCAGUAGAUCCUGUUAGUAUGCAUGGCAGAAGCAAUUUAAAUAACAUAGAGAUGGCAUAUGCUAGACAGGUGUACAUGUACAAUGAACAAGUUUUACAAGGCAGUAUCCGACCAAACUUAGCUGAGGCUUUCUCGGAGGUUGCUAACAGUCUGGAUGAUAAG